AUGUCUAAACGUCGUUUCAAUCCGUCUGAUGAGGACAAGAUUCCUAUUGUCGAGAAGUUAUAUAGACAAAACCAACCAUCAUUCCAAGCAGCUGGUGGUUUUAUGGACGAUGAUGAUGAAUAUCAACAGAGAAGAGAAGAAAUUUCCGAGGCGAAACAAAGAACUGGUGGUUUUAUGGAUGAUGAUGAUGAAUAUCAACAGCGAAGGGAAGAAAUAUCGGAGGCGAAACAAAGAAGGGCUGACGCAAAGUUUGCCAGUCAAGAAAUUCCCGACAAUUGCAUCAAAUGUGACAAACCAAUGUUUGACUCCUGGCUGUGGGAACGCUACAAUCAUCCAGUUUGCGAUGGAUGCAGGUAAUA